AAGCCGGUCUCCCUUUUCUUUUCCUUCUUCCUCCCGGUGCGUCUUGCCGCUAUUUUUUUCCUUAAAAAAGACUCCGCUUUUCUCAUUUGUUUACGUCGAAUCUUUCGCAUCUCCUCUUUGGUGCAGUCUGAUUUUCCUUAGUGAACCAUGGAACAAAACCCCAGCAGAAUACAUGAGUCCUCCAGAAGAAAUCGGGACGGUGAUAGUUAUGCCCCAUCUUCCCCGGUAUCACCAAGUAUUCGCCUGAGCUUGGAUUCAUCUAGUCGAAGGAAUUUCAUGAGGAGUGCUUCAUUUGGUACAACUGGUAAUGCAAGUUCUUGGCGAAGGGGUUCUAUUAGCAUUUCUCAUGGCAGGUCCGACCCGAUACUUGAGGGUGUUUCCAAUGAGACUGCUGCACUGGUGGGAGUUCAUGGGGAUCGAGCAGUAAGUGAUGAGGUGGUCAUUAGGGAAGCAAGACAGGACUCAUUAAGUAGAAUGAGUAGCAGGGGUUCCUGGCAGGGGGGUUCAUUUAGUCCUCGGGAUGGGGGUGACCGGAUACUUGAUUCAAUCAGACUUUCACAUGAAUUAGUAGAUCAUUUUCUUGGGGAUGUUGAUAGCACAAUGGCGCAAGUGGGUGAUAGAGGGGAUAAAGCAGUAGUUGAUGACAGGGUUGAUGAUGCCCGAAAUGUUGAGAACGGACCUAUAACUCUUUCUGAUGAUGAAUUAAUAAUAUCAAUUGGCUUUCCAUCCCAUGAUUCAAGCUUAUCUUCACUUCUGUCACCAUUGUUGGAGGAGAUCGUUUCUCCUCUUCCAACUGAUGCCGUUCUUAAUUCAAAUGACAAGAAUCAAAUGCAAAAAAGUACAUCACUCAAUGACAAGCAGUACAGGCUCCCUCGAAGGCUGGACUAUGUUUUCUAUUUGAUUUUCUUGGCUGUUUUUGGAAUAUUUGGGGAAUUUACAAGGUAUUUACUACAGAAGCUCUUUGGCCCUGGUGGCCCCCUAGCCUUCACAGGGGAUAGUGCACUGUACCUUGAUCUUCCCUCUAAUGUGUUAGGUUCCUUUCUUAUGGGGUGGUUUGGCUUCGUGUUCAAAGCACAGAUACGUGAUGUAUCUGAGCAUUUAAUUGUUGGACUGACAACAGGGUACCUGGGAAGCCUCACCACCUUCAGCGGCUGGAAUCAGAAAAUGCUUGAAUUAUCUUCCGAGGGUCAUUGGGUGGAAGCUGUGGUUGGCUUCAUAAUAGGGAUGUCCAUGGUUGGUAUAGGCAUCCUUGUUGGGGUUUCAUCUGCUGAGGGAAUCCAAGGAAGCUGUUCGGGCUGGUUUGACAAGAAGUCCGGGAGAGCUGGAUGCAGCCUGAAAAACUUGAGAGUGCAUAGCUUCAGUCGGCACAUAAUGGUCAUGACAGUGAUGUUAUUGCUAUGGGGCUUGUUGUGGGCUUUGAGUUGGGUGCUGGCUAGGACCAAGUUGGACAGUCUCACCAACAGUGCUGUUCUUUGGUUAGGGUGCUUAGUGGGACCUCCAGGUGUGUGGCUCCGUUGGUACUUGGCUAGGUUCAAUGGCCAAGGGCUGGGAAGGAAAGGAAGGCUCGAAUGGCUCCCCAUUGGCACAUUGUCGGCCAACAUUCUUGCGGCAUGUAUUAUGGCUGCGCUUGCAACGAUAAGCAAAGAGGUAAACACAAAGAGAUGUUCAAUAAUUGUGAGUGGAGUCCAAUUCGGCUUCCUUGGCUGCUUGAGUACUGUUUCGACCUUUACUGCCGAAGUGUUUGCCAUGUGGGAGAGUGGACACAGAGGGAGGGCAUAUACUUACACCGCCAUCACCAUCCUUCCAUCAUUUGCAUUGGGAACUCUUAUUUACUCCGUUCCUUUAUGGACAAAGCAUUACAAUUAUUAGAAGUUACCUGAAAUAUUCAGCAGACACAAUGAGGUUUUGUUAACGGUAACAUUUGUUAUCCAAUUCUGAAUUCAUUGUUGCCAAAGACAUCAUUAGAUGCUUUGUGAAGAAAGAAAAGAUGGAUAUUAUCUGUCUGGGGUAACAGAUCGGAUGAAAAUUUUAUAAACAGACAAGAUUUUGUUUAAUGGAUAAAAUUUCAGAGAUAAUGCAGGACUGAGACAAUUAGUAGUCUAUGUAGAAUCCUUGAAAGAUUUUAGGUUUGUGGUCAGCUGUUGUUAUUUUGUUGUUCUGGGUGUCUUGACCUUGUAUACAUGUUCUAUAAUCGAAUAUUGUAAGACAGAAAAGCACCUUGAAGCAUGAAAAGAAAAAUGGGCAUCCACCUAUUUUAUUA